UGCUUUGCGAUGGUCUGACAAGUGGAUCCAAGAUGGCGUAGAAAGUGAAGCUAGAUGUUUUCUCCCUAAGUCAUGGCGGACAGGAGAGCGGAGAAGUCAUGUGAAGAAGCCAGCAGGUCGUUAGCCAGGCGGGAGUACGAGGCAGCAGUCAGCCACAGCACAGAUGCUCUGGUGGUCCUUGGACCCCAUGCGCCUUCCUCCGGAGCGCCUGUCUCACAGAGCCCUCCAUCCGCUGUCACUGCCAGACCCAUCCGCAACCGUGCCCUGCUCUACCGAAUUGCUGCCUUCCUGCAGCUGAAAAACUAUGAUGAAGCAGAUGAAGACUGCAAACAUGUCCUGGCAGAAGAGAUUGCUAGUGGAGAUGGGUUGCUACAGGCCGGCCUGCGCUCCAUGAAGUUGGAUGGUAGCCUGCAGGAGGUGGCCGGCAUCCUCUCAAAGGCCUUGUAUGGAGAACCGCUGAAUGGCAUUGUCACAAAAGACCUCACCAGAUUAAAGAUGCUCUUCUCAGAAAUAGAGGCUGUAAAUAGGGAGAUGGUGCCAGAAUACACAGAAGACCAGGAGGAAGAGGUCCAAGAUGGUUGGCAGUUCCGCCCUCCUCCUCGAGGUGUCACUAGCAGUGAAGAGUACACCCUCUGUAAAAGGUACUUGGAGCAGGGUCUGUGUCGAUACGGAGCCCAGUGUACAUCGGCCCACUCACAGGAAGAGCUGAUGGAGUGGCAGAAGCGCUAUGCGUCACGCCUCAUUCGCCUCAAACAGCAGCAGGAAAGCAAACAUUUCACAGAAAACUACAUGGAGACUCUGAUAGAGAAGUGGAUGAACUCUCUGUCCCCUGAGAAAGUGCUAAGUGACUGUUUAGAAGGAAUGACUGUAGAAACCAGCUCCAACCUCUCUGUUACUGUCAACACCAAAAAAUCCUCCCACUCCUGGACCUUCUCCUUGUUUUGCAAGCCUGCCAAAAAGCUGUACCGUAUUGCCCUGCUCUACGAUGCACACAGACCACACUUCUUUAUUACGGGUGUAUCAGCAGGGGAGAGGCUCCAGACUCUUCCCAAAGGUUGUCAGGAGUGGACUUCAGGAGAGGACAUAUCAGUGACACCAGAUAAUGGUCUUGACCACUGUGUCUACAGUGUCGCAGUGGGCUUCAGCACAGAGAUAUUUGGUACAUUCAGGCAGACCGUUGUUUUUGAUUUCGGCACAGAGCCUGUAUUGAUGCAGAGGAUUAUGGUUGAUGCUGCCUCCAUUGAAGACCUAGAACACUUGAUGGCAGCCAGACAGCAGCUCUUAAUAACGGCAAAGCGCUGGGACUCUUCUUGCAAAACCAUUGUACUGUUCAGUCCCAAUGAGACAAUGGCUGACUUGGAACGUAGCCUCCUUUCCCGUUACCAGAUUCCACUAUCCGCUGACCAGCUUUUCACCCAGUCUGUGCUGGAUAAGACCUUGACCAAAGACAAUUACCAGGCUCGACUUCAUGACCUUCUCUACAUCGAGGAGAUCGCGCAAUAUAAGGAAGUUAGCAAGUUUAACAUCAAAGUAAACCUCCAGUUGGUCACAAGCUUUAUGUUGACUGGCAUUUCUGUUGGUGCCAAAUAUGCCCAAAAUGGACAGCUGUUUGCACGCUUCAAGCUCACAGAGACACUAUCUGAGGAUACACUGGCAGGUAGACUAGUGAUGACCAAGGUGAAUUCAGUCCUGUUGCUGCCGCUGGCUCGUGAGGGGCUCAGUAGACAACCACCUCCUGGGGUCAAAGAACAUGUGUAUGAGGCCGUGAUUGAAGAGAAGACCAAGGAGUACAUCUUCUUAAGAAUCUGCAAGGACUGCUGUGAGGAGCUAGGGCUACAGCCUGACCGAGAAAUACAGGUGGAGCUCCAGUUUCAGCUGAACAGACAGCCACUCUGUGAGAUGCACUAUGCUCUGGAUCGCAUCAAAGAUAAUACCAUCCUUUUUCCAGAUGUUAGCCUUGUCCCCAAAAUCCCCUGGAGUCCCAACAGGCAGUGGGAUGAGCAAAUGGAUCCUCGUCUCAACGCUAAGCAGAAAGAAGCUAUUCUGGCCAUUACAACACCCAUUUCAAUCUCUCUGCCCCCAAUCCUCAUCAUUGGGCCCUACGGCACUGGGAAAACCUUCACCCUGGCACAGGCUGUCAAACACAUUCUCCGUCAGGACAGCAGCAGAGUCCUGAUCUGCACUCAUUCCAACAGUGCAGCCGACCUUUACAUUAAGGACUAUCUUCAUCCUUAUGUUGAAGCAGGCAAUCCACAUGCCAGACCUCUCAGGGUAUACUUCAGGAACCGCUGGGUGAAGACGGUCCACCCAGUGAUCCAGCAGUACUGUCUCAUCUCCAGCACACAGGUCACUUUCCAGAUGCCCACAAAGGAUGACAUCCUCAGGCACCGUGUGGUUGUGGUUACCCUUAGCACCUCCCAAUACCUCUGCCAGCUCGACUUGGAGCCUGGAUUCUUCACCCAUAUCCUAUUGGAUGAAGCAGCCCAGGCUAUGGAGUGUGAAACCAUCAUGCCUUUUGCUCUAGCUACCAAGAUCACACGCAUUGUGUUGGCUGGAGACCACAUGCAGCUCAGUCCUUUUGUGUACAGUGAGUUUGCGCGGGAGCGUAACCUUCAUGUGUCACUACUAGACCGACUGUAUGAGCACUAUCCCCCAGAAUUCCCCUGUCGCAUCCUCCUGUGCGAGAACUACCGCUCCCACGAAGCAAUCAUCAACUACACCUCAGAGUUAUUUUAUGAUGGGAAGUUGAUGGCAAGUGGGAAGCAGCCCUCCCAUAAGGACUUCUAUCCUCUCACCUUCUUCACAGCCAGAGGUGAAGAUGUUCAGGAGAAGAACAGCACUGCCUACUACAACAAUGCUGAGGUGUUUGAAAUUGUUGAACGAGUGGAGGAAUUGCGUAAGAAGUGGCCAGUGGCUUGGGGCAAGUUGGAUGAGGGCAGCAUUGGUGUGGUGUCACCGUACGCCGACCAAGUGUUCCGCAUACGUGCUGAGCUCCGAAAGAAGAGGAUGCAUGAGGUCAGCGUAGAAAGAGUACUCAAUGUCCAAGGUAAACAGUUCCGGGUGCUGUUCCUGAGUACAGUGCGCACGCGACAUACCUGCAAGCACAAGCAGACAGCCAUCAAGCGUAAAGAGCAGCUCGUUGAGGAUUCAACAGAAGACCUGGACUAUGGAUUCCUGUCCAACUACAAGCUAUUGAACACAGCCAUUACCAGAGCCCAGUCUCUGGUGGCAGUUGUGGGAGACCCCAUAGCACUGUGCUCUGUUGGGCGCUGCAGAAAGUUCUGGGAGCAUUUCAUUUCCAUCUGCCAUGAAAAUUCAAGCCUACAUGGCAUCACAUUUGAGCAGAUCAAAGCUCAGCUGGAAGCCCUGGAGCUCAAGAAGACCUAUGUUUUAAAUCCACUGGCCCCAGAGUUCAUCCCUCGAGCCCUGAGACCUCUGCAAGUGCAUCACCCUGUUCACCCUUCACAGGCCUUCCACUCCCACCAUCAUCCACACCCUCAGCAACCUCAACCAGCCUCCAACAAACAAGGCCCACAGCAACAACAACAGCAGCAGCAGUCACCCCCAAAGGGAAAACAUGCAAACCACACAGAGCACCUUCCACCAGAAGGAUAUGUUCAACCUAACUCGGCAGUGCUGAUGGGCAACCCGAUUCGAGCGUUCAGUCCACCUUUGAGUGGGACAACAGCUGGCAUGGGCAAGUCGCCCAGCCCUGUUCAGAAGAUCGAUCCUCACACAGGAGCCAGCAUCCUCUACGUUCCAGCCGUGUAUGGUGGAAACAUGGUCAUGCCUAUGCCUCUUCCUUUACCCUGGCAUGGUUACCAGAAUCGCUUUGCUGUGGACCCUCGCAUCAUUAAUCAUCAGGCAGCCAUGGCCUACAAUUUCAAUCUGUUGCAGGCCCAAAAUCGUGGCUCUCCCGUCCCUUAUAGCGGAGUGACACACCCCUCACCCCUUGGAAUGGGCCAUCCCAGCCCUGACAAAGAGCUACAGGCAGACUCAAUCAGAAAUGGUAAAUUAGAAAUGGGUCCAAAAUCAGAACAGAAUCAUCUUCAAACAGCAGAGAGAAAGUCCUCAGAUCUGAAGGGAAAACAGGGAGAUUUAGAUACAGGUCAAAGUCGAAAUCUAGAUUCACAAGCAGAUGGACUGGUAGGAUUCCCUAGUGCAUUGCUUCAUCGAAAAGAUCCAUCAGCUGCUCAGAGAUCCCUCAAUUACCACCUGGCACCACCAAAUCCAGCUUUUCCUGCACCCCCUGCCAAUGGAAGAGCUUUCCUCCAACAGUAUCCAGUCUCCAGAAUUUACCGGGUUAACCAGCCUCAACACACAGGGAUGGCUCAACAGAAUCAUCAUCAUCAGCAGCAGCAUCUUACUAAUGCCUAUGCUGGUGGUGGCCACAGUGCUUCCUUCUUCAGUGUUCCCGUAGCCCCCCACAGAGCUGUUCAGUCUCCUACUUCAGAAAGGUCAGAGUCUGGAGCAGUGGAGGAGAUGGGAAGCUCCAUGAGGACUCCUAGAGCACAACCAGCUGGUCAACACCCAGGGCUUUCACAGAAUAACAGGGUCAACAGCUUUGGAGAGGAUGGACAUAAUGGAAUCCUGGGAGAUAAUCUGGAUCUCCAAGCUCCUAUGGUUCUUGAGGCUUUGAGCCAGCAGCAGCAGCAACAGCAGCAAGUGGCUAGGCUGGGCCAAUGGGGAGAGCCAGCUGGCCCUUUUGUCCAGGGCAGCGUAGCAUUCCCUUUGCCGCAGCAGCUCCCCCACCUUGCUCAGCCUGGUAUGACUCGCUUUCCUCAUCAACUGAUCCAAGCAGCUAGCUGGGGCCUCAAUGCCAAUAUAGAUGAUGAAGCUGUUCCUUCUGCCCCCACUGGGCCACCGUUUUCCAGGUACCCAGGCCUUUUAAGGGAGAUCCCACCACAGGACCAGGCUGAAUCUAGGGAAUCCCCUGAAAUACAACCUCCUCCACAAUCUCGUCUUCUUCAGUACCGCCAGGUUAAAUCCCACUCCCGUGCCUCAGGUGACAAUUCAUCCUCUUUAGCCACCAACUCAAAUCAUGCUGGCCCCUUUCCUUCUGGAGCGUACGCCCAUGACAAUGGUCAAGAGCUCCAUAAUGACAGUCUCCUGAACAAUCCAGCUCUGCAACAGCAGCACCCUGGGAACUCUAUUUAUAAUACUGGUAGCUACCCACAUCAGCCACCAGCUCAUUCUGCCAGCCCCCCUCCCUCCCAGAUCAAAUACCUUCUGCAAGAGGCCCAGUGGUCCCAUGGUGGAGCUGCACCAGUGAGCCCACCGCAGCAGAACCACCUGCUGGGGAACCAGGGCCAAAACCUUCCUUAUGGGCUGCCCAUCAUGCCCCACCCUAGCAGACAGGAGCAAGCCCACUUGAUGCAAUUGCACCAUCAGCACCAGCAACAAUCACAUCAACAGAGUCGAGGUCCAGAGCAGGAAUCUUUCCAUCCACUGUCCCCCAGAACAUCUUCAGCGGCAGAACUUCACAGUGUAGAUGAGUAUGAACCCAGAGGUCCAGGGCGGCCUCUCUAUCAGCGCCGCAUUUCCUCCAGCUACCCAGAUGAACCAUUUCUAGCCAACAGCCACAAUUCUUUGCCCCAGCAGGCCCAACCCUCACAUCCCCAGGAGCAUCCGCAUCCACACAUACAGCAUCAUCAGCACCAACAUGGCCCCUACGGUUACCCUUCACAUGAUCUCUGGCCUGCCAAUGGUGGGGGUCCUGGUCCGUUCCGGAACAUUCCAUGUAAUGGAGCCGGGACACUCACUCAGCACCGGGAGCUUUUAGCUUCCAAGGCACUUCGUCAGACAGAAGAGCAGAUGAAGGCCGAGGGCACAGCAGCCCAGCAGACACACCCGCACUCCCCCAACUCUCUGCAACACCUUGGACAGUUUCCCCCUCUCAUGCCCAACAACAAGCAGCAACAGCCACCAGCUCCUGCAGAGCCCAGCCAAGGAGCUCACAAUUUAAGCAAACCACCCACCAUGUCCUAUGCCAGUGCUCUGCGAGCUCCCCCAAAGCCACGAGCAGUUCGCCCUGAUCAGAUGAAAAAGAACAGCAAUCCUCUUUCGCUUUUACAAGAGCUGAGUAUAGGAAGUUCAAAUGGUAGCAAUGGGUACUACUCCUACUUCAAGUGAGUGUCAUUUCCCCUCUAUAAAAUAUAUAUAUAUAUAUAUAUAUAUGUAAAAAAAAAAAAAAAGGAAAAAGAAAAAAAAAAACAGUAAAACGGUAUUCAAAAAAACAACAAAAAACAUAAAACCCAGAAAAACAAAACAAAAGAGUUCAAAGUACACAUACAGAUUUGUUUCAAAGUAGUCUUGUUUUCUGCUUUUUCUUUCAUUUUAACAUUUUUAAAUCAUCUUUUCUCCUGUUUCACAUAUCUGUGAAGAAAAUAAGUAUAUAUAAUGAAUACAUUACUAGUAUAUAUAUACAUACUCACUAUGUAUAUAUGAAUAUAUACUUAUAUUAUCUACACUUGUAUAUGUACGUAAUGCUAAAAAGCUAUAAAUUUUUUAUUUUAUUUUUUUUUUAAGAAAAGAUUUGGUUGUCCAUUUAGCUACCUGCAUAUUUUUACUCAUUGAAGUCUGUUUUGUUGAUUAUGUUGGAUAUUAUGAAGUUUUCCCUUUUAUUUUUGAGUGAACUUUCUGUGUUGAUUUUCAUACUACUGUAGUUGUGGUAACAGACAAAAGCUAAGUGGUCAACUGACUCAAACUACAUGGAACAGUGUAUAGAAGUAGAUAAAAAAAUUUUCCUCUAAUCUGUACAUAUAAAGAAAAUAAAUGACUGAAUUGUAUGCUUCAGACAUGUCCUUAAAUUCCUAUGACGCUAACAUUUACAUUCUGAGAGCUUUUCUGUUUCUCAUCACCCACGUGUGGCAGUCACAACCCAUGAUCUACAAGUAAAUGUGAUUCUUCUUUACUGAGAAAUAAUACAAAUACUGAUUUCAUAUUCAACUUUGCACCAGUGUGGCAGCAGCAUGAAUAGUGUGAACAUUACAUAACAGCAGCAAACAGCUCCUUCUUUAUUUUAAUGCACAGACAAAAUCAGAUUCUUCAGAUAACCUUGAUCCAAACUAUGGUCCUUGUGCUCAGUCCUGAUGGUUUUUUUGGUUGGUUGGUUGUUUUUUUGAAGUGGAGACUUUUAUGAUGGUUAGUUUUCAACGCGUGUCAAAAUGUCAACAAAAUGUUUGCCUGGAUAAACUGGUGUAGUAGCUACUGUGGAUCAGAAAUGUGAUUUAUGUUGCUGAUGGAUGCAGAGUGUUCUAAAAGCUGCAGUCAGAGGGUUUGUGAAAGUGGAGAAGGCGCCGAGGUCAGAGCAGCGUGUUGAAAUCAAACGUGUGAAUCUCUGCUGCCAGGCUCCAGAUGUUUGAUUAUUUUCAGUUAAAAUGUGAGCUUCAUUAAUAAAUUCAGAGUAUAAUCACAAAACUUGAACAAUGACUCAAGACCAGACGACUAUCAGGUUUUUUUUUCUUGUUUCAAACGGUGUUGAUCUUUGUCACAUUGAUUCUGCAGCUGUAACAAACUGUUUUACUUGUUUCGAUUUUGCUAGGAUUAAGCCUUUUAAGAGUACAUUUGAGAAAUUCUUUUUUGAAAGUGAAUUGCUGUUGUGAAAAUGGAUCAUUUGAUUCUAUACACAUCUUUUGUUCUUCAAAAUUAUGAAGGUUAUCUUUUCUACUUGUCAGGCAAUAUCUAUAUGCCAACAAAUGGCAAUAGUUAUUAUGGUAUUAUUACGUGACGUUUGGUGACUGGACUACGGUAUUAAUUAGUGUUUCCAAAGAGGUUAAACAUUUUAUUUCGACCAUCACCUGAAGGAGGUUUGUUGCAGGUGCCUGGAGUGAUCAAAGUUUUUUGGCUUCAUUUAAAAGGUAGUUUCUUGUAAUAUUCAAAGUCAGAAGUUCUUCAGGUGUCGAAUUCCAUUUACCAAUAAAUGGUCAUUCUAAACUAUUAUGGCAGCCUCCAAAAUAAUCCCCAUAUCUGUUCAAGUGUUUUAAGUAUUUUGGAUUGUAAUGUAUGGAAGUUGUUCACAAUUCUCUGAUCUAAUUAGUUGUAUUACAGCAUGUAUACUGACAUAAUAACAUGAGGAAUUUUUAACAUUUAUUUUAAACAGCAGUUGUAAAAUGAGCCAAGAGCAGAGGGUUGGCAGAAUCCGAGAUCUCGGCAUGCACUUGUGACUGCGGAGGGCCUCUUUUAAUUUAAAAGUAAAUUUUGCAGUGUAGCAAGCAUUCAUGUUUGCAUUGCAGCCUUAUCAUUGUUGACCACGUAACAGCUGUGUAGCUACUUGCACAUGAAUUUAAUUUGUAAAACUAAAUUAUGGAACACUGAAACCAUAAUGAAUUUUAAGUAGAAUUGCUCCCUUGUAGGUUAAAUAUGCUGCCAGUGUUUUUUCUUUUUUCUUCAUUCAGUGCUUGGGUCCUGUUGUAUGUAAUUAAGUAGUUGUUACACACCACUGCCAUAUCUGCUAAUUUGAAAUUUCCAUAUGGCAUUCACUGUUAAAUCUUUGUGGAGGGGUUAUUCACUCGAAUGCUGAUACCCCAUGGCUAAUAACUUGUAGUAGAUGUGGACAGUCAGAAAACAGCUAUGUUUUAAUUGAGUUUUGACAUUGUAGUUCCAAAAAUUAAGAUUUUUGACAUGGAGAAAAACAACAGUUGUAAAUAUGCAUUUUCUAGGUAUUUACAAACUUUAGGAGCACCUCAAUUUUGUAGAAGCUGUUCCAAAAAGAGGUGUGCCCUUUUUAAUUAUGCAAAUUCACAAAAAUGAAAUGGAAUUCUAGAAAUGGACUUUAAAAAAAAACAAAAAAAAACAGUAGCUACAUCUACACAGUUGUAACUUUUUACUUUUUUUAUGUUUCAGGCUGAUUUGACAGUUUAUAUUAGACCUGUAUAAGACAACGUAUUUCACUGUACAAUACAUAUUAACCAUAUGUUGCUGGAUUAGUUGUUUUGUCACUUCUAUACAAUCAACACAUUUUUUUAAUGUGAAGUUUUCAUGCAUGUGAGAUGACCUGACUGCUUUUUAUUAUUCUUGUUUUAACAGUUUGUAUUGAUUUGUGGAUAUAUAUUUAAAAGAAGACAUUUUGUUCAACCUGCAGAGUCACAUCUUUUAGUUUAUUUGUGUACAAUAAUUUGACAUUAUCAACAAACCUAUGAUAAUAUUUUACUAACAUGUCAAUCAAAUAUGUAAUAGUCACGUUUGGGUUUUUUUUUUAUGUUUGUUUGUUUUUUCUUCCUCCUCCCCUUUCCCCCGGCUGCUAUUUAGCAAGGUUAUAGGUGAGGUUGCUCCCUAGUAUGUGUCUCAUUUACAAGCUUUUGGAUAUUUUUAUUUGGGGGGAAUCCACAAAACAGAAUGGCAAAUCUCUUUAAGAUUGUGCAAUACUAAUAUUUCACUGCUUUUAACUGAUGAUUAUUUGAAGUGGAAGAGAUUGAGCCAAAGACAUUUUUAAGGUUUUUUUGUUGUUUUUGUUUUUUGUUUUUGUAUAGCGCUUCGUUAAUGUCUGAACUGUUUCGAAAUUAUUAAUUUUUACUUUUUUCAUGAAAUGGUUAAGAUGCUCUCACCAUCUAAUGUUCUUCACACACAUUAUGUGAGUUUGAUCAUCUCUUGAAGCCAUUUUGCAUUGCUUUGGAAGAUCAGGCAUGCUAAGGCUGCUUGCGCAACGCACAUAAUGGGAGCAACCUUGUGCCCAGUCAGUAAAGAGCACUGUGUUGAGCCUUGUGUAAAUGCCCCAUCUCUCUGUUAUCUGUUUGCUCUCCCAUCAUACUCCCUUGCAGCUGUGAAUCAAUGGUGCUCCCAGUCCUCCUAGUCCAUUGAUGCCUCCCUUGUGGGUACAAAAUAAUGAAUUGUUCCAUUUCACUUGUCUUCAUUUCAAUGGGUGGUGGCUAUAAUAACAGAUUUAGGCUGUUUCCGAAGUUAACUUUCUUUUCUUUUUUUUAUUUUUCUCUAUUAAAGUGUUUUUAUUGAAAUCU